GGCAGUAGAAAAUUGUCAAUGACACCGCCGUCUUUGUAGCUUAAUUUAAUUUAAUAACAUUUGAAACACUUAUUUCUUGCUAAUGUAAACAUUUAACGUUUCUGUAUAAUUUACACCGCCAGACAUCUAUUAAGAUCUCUGUUCCAUAACUUGCAUUUCAUUUCGUUUCAAUGUAUCCUAUAUCAUGACUUGUUUGAUCCCAUUUUGAUUUUAAUUAUACACCAAUAAGCAGUUAACGUCCCAUUUUCAUUUUUCAAAUGGUUUUCACAUUGAAAUCCAAUAUUAUUUAGAUUGUUAUUACAACACUCUAUACAUUUUUCAAUUAUUGGGGGUGAACGGUCCAGAUUCAUUAUUGGUACUCUCGCUUGCGCGCACUCACAUUUUUGUUUCUCCGACAUCUGUCCUAAACCGUUGUAGUUUUCCUUAUUUCACACUUCUGACCGUGCUUUCCAUUACAACCAAUGUAGAAGAAUGCCAAUUGCAUCAAAACGCCUGUCACUAAUUAUUUAUGGACGGUGAAUAUAGUUUUUAAUUAACAUAGCAUCCAUUAAUAAUAAUCACAUUUACGUAGAUAUAGAAUUAUUUUUAUCUCCAAAAAUGUUGGCCACCUGGAUCAGACCUAUUCAGCAUCAAGCCUUCUAAUGGUAAGUAGAAAAUGUAAUUUAGAUUGAAUAUUUUCCGAUCAUGUAAACAGACACCCAGCUUUUAAGAAUUCUCUGAGAAAUAUGGAGAACGUUAAUUACUUGGACACUUUUAAUAAACCGGUUUUCAACAAUAUACAUACAGAUACACAGAUGUAUAGUGAUGAAGAAUCUUUAUGUAAUGGAACAUUUACUAAACAAAACUCAGUACAGAGAAAGAUGCCUGAAUAUCACUGUGAGAUUUGUAAGAAAACAUUCUUUUCCGAACAUGAAGUCUUAACGCAUAAAGAAACACACGGCAGGGAAAACCCCUUCCGCUGUGAUAUAUGUGGUAAAUAUUUUGUCUAUAACAGUAUUUUAACAAGUCACAAAAGAAUGCAUACUGGAGAAAAACCGUUUCACUGUCAAAUAUGUGGAAAAUCUUUCUCCGAGAAUUCUCAGCUUACAAUCCACAAACGGAGUCAUACUGGAGAAAAGCCCUAUCAUUGUGAAAUAUGCGGAAAACAUUUUGUCGAUAACAGUAAUUUAACUAGACAUAAAAGGAUACACACUGGAGAGAAGCCGUUUCACUGUGAAAUGUGUGGGAAAUCGUUCUCUGAGAAUUCUAAGCUGAAAAUCCACAAACGUAGCCACACUGGAGAAAAACCUUAUUGCUGUGAAAUAUGCGGGAAAUCUUUUGUCAAUAAUUCUAGUCUUGUUAUCCACAAACAUAGUCACACUGGAGAAAAGCCUUAUCACUGUGAAAUAUGUGGAACAUAUUUUGUCUCUAACAGUAAUUUAACAAAGCACAAAAGAAUACAUACUGGAGAAAAACAGUUUCACUGUGAAAUAUGUGAGAAAUCUUUCAUUGAAAAGUCUAGUCUUAUAUUCCAUAAACGUAGACAUACUGGAGAAAAACCAUAUCAUUGUGAAAUUUGUGGGAAAUCAUUUAUGAAAAGCAGUCACUUAAAAACACACAGAACAAUUCACACUGGAGAACAACCAUUUCACUGUGAAAUUUGUGGGAAGUCCUUCCCCGAGAAUUCUAAAUUGACAAUUCACAAACGUAGUCACACUGGAGAAAAACCCUAUCAUUGUGAAAUGUGUGGCAAAUCUUUUGUUAGUAAUGGUGAUUUAACAAAACACAAAAGAAUACAUACAGGAGAAAAACCAUUUCACUGUGAGAUCUGUGGAAAAUCUUUCGUAGAAAAUUCUAGUCUUGUAGUUCACAAACGAAUUCACACUGGAGAAAAACCAUAUUGCUGUAAAAUAUGUGAAAAAUCCUUUGUCAGUAACAGUAAUUUAAAAAACCAUGAACGAAUACACACUGGAGAAAAAAACUAUCACUGUGCAAUAUGUGGUAAACUAUUUAUCACAAACAGUAUCUUAAAAAGACACAAACAAAUACAUACCGGAGAUAAAUCUUUAACCUUUUAUCACUUAAAAAUAUACAGAACAAUUCACACUGGAGAACAACCAUUUCACUGUGAAAUUUGUGGGAAGUCCUUCCCUGAGAAUUCUAAAUUGACAAUUCACAAACGUAGACACACUGGAGAAAAACCCUAUCAUUGUGAAACGUGUGGCAAAUCUUUUGCUUGUAAUGGUGAUUUAACAAAACACAAAAGAAUACAUAUGGAGAAAAACCAUUUCAUUGUUAGCUCUGUGGGAAGUCUUUCAGUGCAAUUGCUUGUAGUUCAUAAACAUGUACAUACUGGAGAAAAACCACAUUGUUAUUCCCAUGCUGGAUGUUCAAAAACCAAAGGAAGAGUAGAUUUUCAAUCUCAGGAUAAUCCUGAUUCCAAAAAGAAUGCUCAGGAUAAAGAGGAACUACUUCAUACUGAUUCUACUGAGAUACCAGCCAUUCAAGUUGAUAGCAGUGUAAUGGAGGGCGUUAAUCACUUGGACUCUUCUACUAAACCCGUUUUUAACAAUAUAGACACCGAUACGCAGACAUAUAAUGACGAAGAAUUAUGUAGUGAAACGUUUACUAAACAAACGUCAGUACAUAGGAAGAUUGCUGAAUAUCGCUGUGAGAUAUGUAAGAAAACGUUUUCGUCAAAAUACGAAGUCAUUACGCACAGAAAAGUACACCACAAGGAAAAACCCUUCCGCUGUGAUAUAUGUGGAAAGUCUUUUGUUUUGAAGAGUAAUUUCGCUAGACACACAAAAAUACAUACUGAAGAAAACCCGUUUCAGUGUCAGAUAUGUGGGAAAUCAUUCAUUAAAAAUUCGAGUCUUGUUAUUCACAUACGUAAUCACACGGAAGAAAAACCACACAAAACCAUACAGACUGGAGGAAAACCCUACCCCUGUGAAAUAUGUGGAAUAUCUUUUGUUCAUAGUAGUAAUUUAACGAGACACAAAAGGAUACACACUGGAGAAAAACCUUACCACUGUGAAAUAUGCGGAAAGGCUUUUGUCUAUAGCAGUAAUUUAACAAGACACAGAAGAAUACAUACUGGAGAAAAACCUUACCAUUGUGAUAUAUGCGGAAAAUCUUUUGUUGAUAACAGUAAUUUAACAACACAUAAAAGAAUACACACUGGAGAAAAACUGUUUCACUGUGAAAUAUGUGGGAAGUAUUUUAUUGAAAAUUGUAAACUUACAAUCCACAAACGUAGACACACUGGGGAAAAACCUUAUCACUGUGAUAUCUGUGAGAAAUCAUUUUCUGUGAAGUCUUCGCUUAUAGUCCACAAGCAAUUACAUACUGGAGAGAAGUCUUAUCUUUGUGAGAUGUGUGGUAAAUCCUUCUCUCGGAACUCUGAUCUUAUUAGUCACAAACGUAGACAUACUGGAGAGAAACCCUAUAGCUGUGAAAUAUGUACAAAAUCAUUUGUAAAUAACAGUGAUUUAAAAACUCACGAACGAGUACACACUGGAGAAAAACCUUAUUAUUGUGAAAUAUGCGAUAAAUCAUUUUCUGUUAGUUCUAGUCUUUUAGUUCAUAAACGUAGACACACGGGAGAGAAACCUUUUCGGUGUGAAACAUGUGGUAAGUCUUUUGUCAAUAGUAGUCAUUUAAACAGACAUGAACGAAUACAUGCUGGAGGGAAGACUUUUAACAGUGAAACGUGAGAAAGGCUCCUCCAAAGAGACAUUUAUUUCGAUGAAAUAUGUUGGAAAUUCUCGUCGCGUCGUCUACAAAUGUACCCCCACUUUCACUGAAACUGUUUUGAAAUCUUUUUGUGAAUUAUAAACAUGUGGUUAAUAAAUGAGCACACGCAUGAAAUAAGUCUGCCCAUGUAACCCACAACUGAAAAUUGACUGGAGGAAAAUAUUAGUGUGAAAUCUUGAAAAAUAAUUCUCUGGGUUUCUAAUCGUGAAAUCCACAAAAACAAUUCUGGAAAAGUUGUCAUUAAAUAUUUUUUAAAAUUAAUCAUAACUGGAAAAACACAAAGGUAAAAAUCCUGAAAGAUGCGAAAUUUGCAGAAAAUUAUUCUUUCAAAACCCCAUGUUAAAACAAGCAAAUAUCAUUGUGUUGAUUGAUCUAUUACAUAUCUCUUGUAAAUAGACUUGAAAAGAACUGAGAAAUUCAUGUAAAACGUGGCUGAAAUUCUAACAUUUUAUCUGUAAAUUAAAAUCUUAUACAUUUUAUAUUAAAAAUCUUAUUUAAAUAUGUUA